AGGGCCAGCUACGAGAGAGAGAGAAAAACAACAAAUUCAGCACUGUUCAUUGACGCAAAGUGUGCACCAACAGGAAGCAACCAGACUACAUGCACGGCAGGAAGUGUCGGUUUAUCAAAGCAUCAGUUCAGCUCACCCCGUCACCCUGCGGCUCCACGUACAACUCGUCUCCGAUCCUGGACAGGGAGUGGAUGGCUUUGGCCAGCACUGGACGUGCGUAUAGUCUAAGGGACAAAAACCAUCUCUCCUCCCAUCACUGGGGAGAUAAGAGGAAGCUGGAGAAUAAGUGUGACUAAAGCCAGCUUGUGUCAAAUUUUGGAUUUUCGGUGGAAGGAAGAUACUUCAAAUGGACAGAAGACCAUAAAGUGUUUAAUGUUUGUCCACUUGUGCCAAAACCACAGAAAACGUUAAGAAUUCGGCUGGAUCUCGGCCAGACUUCUGAUGAAAACAAGCAGCAAGAAAACGUGAGCCUGGAUUCUGUUUGCAUUGUUAUGUAUGAUUGGAAAAAGAUCAGGAUGUCCAAAAAGGAGGGAAGCAGCCCUGACAGGAGCUGGACAUGAUUUCCACACAGAUGUCUCAGUCAAAAGACUCUCAAGCUUUGCUGCAGUCUAUGCUGCAGAAGCUGAAGCUUCAGUCAGGAAGAGAUGGUCAUAUGUACGGACCUGCACCAGUACCCGAUGCAGCAGCUUGCACACUGGGACUAGAUAAGCUGACAGGAGCUCCGAACCUCCAGGUGGUGGACAACAACCCUGUGAAUGUGUUUGGGUGUAAAAACACUCCAUCCAAGGACCUCACAAAUCCCACUGCAAACUCAAAACAACAAUCAGAACCUGGCGAUAAAGUGGACGGGAGUCUAACUUCCUUUUCUUCCCGGAAAGUCACCACUGGUGAGAGCAGGGUGCUGGGACCAGUAGCACAAUCUGGGUUUGUCCCACCUCUUCCUCCUAAAACCACCAAGAAUGGUAAUUUUGUUUUCUUCAAGAGGGCUGAUAGUGAGAGGGGAAGGUUUAGCAGCUCUGCACUGGCAAACCACGCGCCCCUUCAUGCAAACACUGCUUUAGGCAUGAGUCCAAAUCAGAGCCAGGUCCAGGACUUCACACCCACAUGGCCUCCUCCUCACAGCGCUGGUGAGAAGCACAAAGUGCUGCACCAGGAAAACGAAGGAAUCGGUAGUUUGAGACUAAGUGAUGAUUUGCAGAUUUUCUCGAGCAACCAAGCAACGAUCAGGAAAAAUCAGCGGCCGUCUGAGAAUAAAACAAGAAGAUGGACACAGAGGAUUAAGGAAAGAUGGAAGGAUAAAUACAGAAAAAAGGACAAAGAGGACGGAGGGACAGUGACCCAAAGGACAGAGCAAGGCGCUCAAAUUUCAGCUUCAGCUCAGAAGACGACAGCAGGAAUCAACACACCAACUAACCACAGGGACACAACCAUUCCUUCAUGGGACAGCUGCUCUCCCAACAACAUGACCACAGAAGACCACACUAAUGGCAACAAUAGCAGGUAUAACAGUGACUUUGACAUCGGCCUGGGCUCGUUCAGCCUCCUGGAUGAGAUUCUAAAAGGUCAGGAAUGGGGCAAGUUCAUAAACCCCAACCUCGCAGCGCCAUCAGUAAACAAGAGACCCUCAGAGGAGCCACUCAUUCGACCAAAUGUCCCACCAAAGCCUUAUACUAUCCCGUCCCUCAAGAGUCCACUCAGAUCUGGGAGCAACCAGUGGAGCUCCAGUGGUACAAAGCUGUCCUUGGCAGCAGCUUCUGCUUUUCCAUCAGUCCAUAUGGAUGUUUCACAACCCAAACAACAGUUUGCUCACAGAGAGGCUGAUCAGCCAGAGUCCAUGGAAGAUGGUCACCAAUCAGGUGUGCGGCACAGAGCGAGUGGACCAGCACUGCAAAUCAGACCUUCAUCCUGUGUAGAGAACGCAGAUAUGCUUUUCACUGCAGGCAACAGAGUUCAGACCAGCAGGAAGAGGCAGCAUCAGCAGGUGGUGAGGAGAGACCAGAGGCUUCAAACUGAGAAAAUGAGUGAUGGAGAAAAGGCAGAAAGAGGAAGAUCUAUAUCUGCACCAUGCACCAUCAGCUCCCAGAUGAUGGAUGAUUCAGUGGAGUCACCACACGGAAACGUGCCACCGAUGUGGUCUCCAAAGUCUCCUCCUCUGUCUCCGUCCCCCUUCAAUCCCGCUGGUCCGACACCUCGAGGCGUCCUCAAACACUCCACAUCCCAGGAUUCAGAGGCCUCAGUGGAGACGCUGACAAAAAGGAGACGAGUUGAGGAGAACCGGCGGGUGACCUUUUCAGAACAAGUGAUAAUCAUCGAGUCUGCAAGUCUGGAUGUGGAUUAUACCGACUCAGAGGAUGAAGAGGACUCUGAAACAGAUGAGGAAUCGCUGUCAGACCAGGCCUUUGAGGUGGAGCAGGUAGAAGCAGAGGAGGUGCCCCACAUCCGCCGCUCAAAUCUCCCCGCCUGGAUCAAGGCUCUGAAGAAGAAGAAUGCAGGAAAGAAGCACUGGUAGUGACGGCAACCCCCCCCCCCCCCCCCCAAAUAAACCAGCACGCAACAUCUCAGGAUGUUUUUAAAGGACUGGAGACAUAGUCGUCUGGCUUUAAAAUAUUUUUAAAGCAGUAUUUUAAAAAUCAGAAUGGACCAACAUGCCAGCUGCAUGGUAGGGUUUUCUUUUGUUGCAGCUGGCUCUCUGAACUCUUGAUGCACUUUCUUCUCCCUGUUUCAUUCAGAAACUGCUUUGCUGACUGGUUUUUGAGCAAAUGAGAAGCAUCACCGAUAAGGAGCAAGCAAUCUGAUAUUUGUUACUAAUUUUUUAUUUUGUGAUUUUGUGUGUUCUUAUCCAUCAGUCUCUCCCUAGACAGCAGCAGACUACUUUGUGGUCUAAUGUCUUUAUUACUGACUCUCCACACAUAUCCUGUCUCUUGGUAAUGGGUCCCUGUCCGACCUUCAUGGAAAUUAAUCCUAGGAGAGGAAAGUCGAACGGAGACAAAGCAACAGAUCUUGAUGGACCUCUGGUCCUCACUGGAGCAUAAGGGUUUCUCCAUCAGAGACGUUCACAAUAUGGAACACACACACACACACACACACACACACACACACACACACACACACACACACACACACACACACACACACACACACACACACACACACACACACACACACACACACACACACACACACACACACAUUAUACAGAUUGACUCAAGUUUGUUUUUUAAAGUUCUGUCACACAAUAAAUUGAGUCAUGAAGAUUUUAUUUAUUUUAUUUAUCAAAGUUUUUAAUUGAGCUCUGCAUGAGCGACUUUGGAUACGUUUAUGUAACGGAACAAAAGCAGGUCAGGAUGAGGCUCCUGCCCCUAAAAAACAAGGUUUAUUAAAAAUAACAAAUGUAAUGGCAGAAAUGUCGGUGUGAUGUUAUACUUUUAUUGUGCGGUUGGGGCUGCAUGGAGGUGUUUCCUGGAAGUUGCAGGUUCAAAUCCUGGCUGCAGCCGUUCUAGAUUAAGUUAUGUCCUCCCCUUGGUUUUUCUCUUGUUUCCGCCCACAAAUCAACAACAAACAUGUCAGUGUAGAGAGUAAAUGUUGUUGCUUUUAAGUUUAAUAUAUUACCUUUACUUACGACCAGUAAGCUGUGAUAUUCUAUAUAAAUAUAGAAUAUCAACCUGCUUGGUCUUUGGAUGUUUAAUCAGAAGAUUCUAGGAUUCUUUGCUUUUUCAGGGAUCAGACACACUUCGUCUCAAUUCAGACAGAGUCAGGUUUAUAAAAGAUAAGACAUUUAUUUUCCAAACAAAUAAAAACACGACAAGUUAA